GGGAAGGAUGAUAGAGAGAUGCAUGCGCUGCGCGGGGAGAAGAAGCAUUGGUCGUGGUGCGGAGCAGAGAGAUCUGCGGGCGGAGCGCGCGGAUGAUCUGCGCGCGCCAGCAGCGAGGUGUUGCUUGGGCGCGGCAGCAGCGCUCACGCACUCGCAGCACAGCUCCCACCAUGUGAUGCGCCGGCGCCACGCAGGAGAGCUUUGAUCUGGUACACAGCAUCCACCGAGUGGCAUGCGACGGAUCCGCCGGCUCUUCUAAGCAUAAAGCCUGGCAGCACGACGGAAGGGCCGCUGCGAGGUGCGGCCGCGAGCGCGUGUGACAUGGCGCGCCAGACGCGUGCUCCUCUUCGCCGCGCGUACCCCGACUCCGCCGGCCCGCUCGCGACCUCCGCUCCUCUUGGCCGUCCUGCGGAUGCACCUCUCGAAGAGCCUGGCCACACCUUGCGGCGCAGGCGGCUCGUAUGGACGAGGUCUCUCGACGAGGCGCGGGCGAUGGGCAUGAAAGUGGCGCACGGCUGCAUGAGAGAGGCCAGACCCUCCGCUCCGUCCUCCGAGGCGAGCUGCCCUCCUCGAUUGCCCGGCGGCGCAAGCAUGGCAAGAAGAUCGGCCGGGCUCAGGGUUCACUGCGACCCACGUGUAAGCUUGCAGCACACUUCAGCAGCAAAAAAGAGCGCCUGCUCCGUCCCCAUCGUUCGUCCGCGAUCGCACCUUAAGCCAGAGAAAACAGCAAGGUGGAGGGCUGGAAGAGCGCGCAAAGCAGGCAGCGCGCAGCACGUCGAUCCUCAUCUUGCGGAAACGCAAGAGAGGUCGAGUCGAGUGACGCACAAACAGUGAGGCGGCCCUACGGCGCACAGCCCUACGCUCUUUGCAUGUGAAGCGAGAGACGACCAGGGUCCACCAUGCGUGAUGAGACUGGCGGGACGAGGUCGGCCGAGCAUCGUCAGGAGAAGCGGCGUGCAGCUAGUGCCCGACGUGCGGUGUGUGGCAAGCUGAGUCCG